UAAAGUCAGUCACUAUAAUUAAUAAUUUCCAUAAAUCAUGUGCUGCCACCUAGGGUUAAGGUCAAGAGGUAACACAUGUCCUGAGACAAGAAACUGGUUUUUCCCAAAGCAGCCCUAGUUGGGCCCUCUGCGAAUUCACCCUUUUUUGAUGUAAGAAAUAGCUGAUUCAGUGGGAUCAAAGGAGGUAAUUUAUAGACCUUGUUGUAUAGUUCCCCUUGAGUAUAUUUCCCAUGUUUUUGAGUGAUCUUAGUUAGGAGUAAUUCCUUCUUAAAAACUUGUCAAUCAAACCCCGUUUUCUACUGUGGCUUCCAUAUUGGAUUUACCCCUCUUCUGGGGUUUACCGUGUUUGUAGCUGCCUUUCUUGAUGUAGGCCUAUUAUCUUAGCAUUUUCAGUCAUUGCCAAAAUACAGGCAGAUACUUGAUAAACCUGUCUUACGGUGAUUCACCACCACCUUUGUGGGUGUUUUUAUUAGAUUGUAGAUAAUUUCAUGCAUGAGUGAGCUCAAUGCAUUGCCUAGCUGGCCGUACACUGCUGACACCUUUUUAGUUAAACCUGUACUAACUGUAUUCAUGUUAGGCUGAAUUCUGAUUAUUUCUUCAAGUCAAAACUAAGUGUGUUUUUGAUCAUGUUAUUAAUUUUGUUGUUUAGAAAUCUGUUUGAAUAUUCGAUUCCGUUAUAUUUUGUAGAUUUUACGAAGCCGAGUGCAGUGCGAGAAUAAAUCAUCAUUAAGAAAAGAUACGCCUUGCCGCUUCCGUCAAUCCCAAUUGCUCGCUGUAUCAGCCUUAGAUUACGGUGUUCCUGACAGUGACAUUACAUAAGGGUACAUCUGUACCGAAGAUUCAACUCGAAAGCUCUAACAGCUACGAAACGUGCCAAGCUAAUGGACGACGACGGACCACCACUCCAGAAGAAAAGGUCACCUUUGAGAGGCAAGCUAAAAAGCAUAAAUGGACAACACCCGCCCAAAGACAAGGGGGAAUAAAGCGAGGGAUGCAGGCAAGAAAGGCAAGAAAGGCACUCGUAAACGUUCGUCCGAACAAGGGGAUGGGCAGCGUGGAGCAAAGCGCACUAAACGGGAUCAACCGGCUGAUAACGUUGGCAUUGGUAAUCAGGACAUGACCCAGACAUGCAAGGACAUGAUGGCGAACAUGAAUCUCAUGAUGACAAACAUGAACAAGUUCUUUGCCACGAAGGCACUUUCCCAGGAUCCUGUAACUAUCGAGGACACGGACGCAGCUGGCGAGGUCGCUGGGGCUGAGGCCAACGAGGCAUCCGAGGACACUGGAUUGUUUAGUAAGAAUAAUGCUGUAACGGAUAUGGGCAAAGCCCACUUGAGUAGCUCAUUUACUUCGGUUGCUUUGGCCUUGGACGCACAUGUUAAAAUAGAACACAAGGAAAAAAUUUGGGCUAAUGUUGACAUCGCCAAGUUGUUGAAUCCGGCUUCCCAGAAAAAGCAAUCUUUCAAAGUCAAUGGCACUGGCACCGAUGGAGAUGAAACACUCACCUUCUCCUUUGGUGUACCCAAAGUUAAGAUAACCUCAUUUUCGCAAUGGCAGUCGGCUUUCGCCAUUUUUCAGUCCAUUUACCUUGAUAAGUUCCCGGCAGUAUCUAAACAGCUCCUCAGUUAUGAGGCAUCCGUUAAGGAUCUUAUGGUCAGAGGGGGUGACUGGAUGUUCUACGACGAGGGUUUUCACCGCAAUAUGGGCGUGAACCCCCGUCAGUGGGACGAACCUUUGUGGGAGCUCUGGGUCCGGGCCAUUCACCAAAAGCGCAACAACCCCGCGCAGAUCAACCAGCAGCCCUUUCGCCAAGGCAAGAAGGGUCUUUUAGGAGCCAGUACCCGGAAGUUCCCUGCUGGGACCUGUUGGAGAUACAACGGAGGCAGACCAUGUCCCGGAUGCAACUUCCCACACAAGUGCUCCGAUUGUGGUGGGACACACCUGGCAACCCGAUGCGCUGGCCAGACCCGUAGCACCAGUAACCCUACCUGCCAGCCUCAACUGCAGUCAUCCCCUACCUCCUCUGGCCGACCAAAAUCCAUUGUUACCCCGCCAAACGGACCAAUGCGCUCCAACCAACCACCCAAUGCAAAGCCGGCUGCCAACGCCCAUUAAACCUCAAAUACUUGCUAAAUACUUACAAGGUUACGAUCCAACCCUGGCACAAUUUCUACUCAAUGGCUUUACAGAAGGUUUCUCUCUAGAAUAUCAGGGUCGUCGCUCAAGCCGCGUCUGUCCUAAUUCAACAUCAGCUGGCGAGCACCCUGAGGUAAUUGAUAGGAAAAUUGCAUCGGAGCUGAAGGAAGGCCGAAUCCUUGGUCCUUUUACUUCCCCCCCUACAUCAGAUUUCAGAGCAUCCCCGAUCGGGGUGGUGCCUAAGAAGGAACCCGGGGAUUUUCGUAUGAUACAUAAUUUGUCAUACCCCCGGGAAGGGGAUUCUAUCAAUAAGGGUAUUCCCAAAGAUCUCACCACCGUUCAUUAUUCCCCCAUCUACGAUGCUAUUUCCUACAUUAAAAGACAGGAAAGCCAGGUUUUCCUGUCUAAGUGCGACAUCAAGUCUGCCUUCAGAAUUAUUCCUGUUGCCCCUAGGGAUUACCCUCUUUUGGGCUUCGUGUGGCGCGGGGAAUACUACAUGGAUCGCGUUUUACCCAUGGGGGUUAGUAUCUCCUGCUCUCAUUUUGAGAAGUUCAGUACUGCUAUAGAAUGGAUUUGCCUACACAAGUUAGGGUUUUCCGCUAUGGUCCACGUGCUAGAUGAUUUCCUGAUCAUUUCCCUUUCGGAAAGUUCCUCUAGGAAGGACCUACAAAAAUUCGAAAGAUUUUGCGCGGAGGUCGGUAUUCCGCUGGCCCCUGAGAAAACGUUUGGACCCGCUAUUGCACUUCCAUUUCUUGGCAUUACUCUAGAUACUGGUAAAAUGGAGGCCCGUUUACCUGAGGAAAAAAUCACCAAGUUUAAACAAAAAAUUGAUUACUUUCUCAGCAAAUCCAGAGCCAUGUUAUAUGAAUUUCAAUCCUUACACGGGUGUUUGAAUUUUGCGUGUUCCGUGGUGCUCCCAGGUAGAGCUUUUUCCAGGCGCUUGAUUGAUUUAACUGUAGGGUACAAAAACCCAUUUCACCAUAUUCGUAUUUCAAGGGAAACUAAAGAGGACCUUUUAGUUUGGCGUGAUUUCCUCGACCAUUUUAACGGCAAAUCAUUUUUUGCAUGGGCGGGGGUUUUCUCCCUCCUCCAUAGCGUCAUGCAUGUCAGCUAUAGCAUAUUUGCACAAACUUCGUAAUCUACCUGAUCCGACAAAGUCAUUUGUCGUAAGUAAAUUAAUCUGCGCCGCUAAGAAUUUACGCGCGCAACCAGACAUCCGCCUGCCUGUUACCAAAGAAAUUCUUCACAAACUGCUGGUUGCGACACCUCGGGUGACUUCAUCACACUACAAGUCAGUUAUGUUUCAGACCGCAUUGGUUCUUGGCUUCAACGCCUUCCUGAGGAUUGGGGAGAUGCUUCCUUCGUCUAAAUCCCGUGCAGCCAACUGCCUUCACCUGCACGACCUCAUAAUCCAAUCAGAUGGGCUAAUACUCUCCUUCCGGAGAUUUAAGUCUAGCAAUACUCAGGGUUAUCAAACCCUGAGGUUAUCGGCCAAGACAAGCUGCUGCCCUUUAGUGCAUACGAGGGAAUUUCUGGCUGUCCGGGGUUAAGCACCCGGGUUGCUUUUCUGUUACCCCUGUGGCUCCCCUUUCCUACGCAGAGAAUUCGAUAACACGCUUAAGCGUGCUCUCUCCUUUUGUGGUCUCGACUCGUCCCGCUUUAAAGGGCACAGUCUGCGCAUCGGGGCAGCAACACAGUCUGCUAUCGAGGGCAAAUCUGAUGCUUACAUACGGGCAGCAGGCAGGUGGGCGUCUGACGCAUUCCGCAAAUACAUUAGGAUCUUAUAACUACAUGUAGUUUCAUGAUAUUAUGAUGUAUACCGGGUCAGACUGAGGCUGCCCGACUUUGAUUAUCUCACUGUAAUGGUAUUUCCCCAGUCAGACUUAGGCUGCUGGGUUUACGUUAACUGGCUCUAUAUCAUACGUGUUGGAGAGAGCAUUUUCUGCCGGUUGUGGGGUGGCCUCAAUGACUUUCGGCUUGUGGCGGUACCCUCUCAACCGUUUCCGCAAAUUGUCUAUUUUAAUAUGCUUUUGGUCACAUGACCCACAAGUCCAAUCUCUAUUGUCAACCAUGGUCAUGUGACGCAUUUAGUUUCAUACCCUUGCUAGGGUAUCUUAUUUCAUGUUUUGCAGACAAUGCUCUCUCUUGUAAUUUGUAAAAUAAAUAUAUUCCUCAUAUCUUGGCCUAAUCGGCCCAUAAUCAAUCUAUAUAACGUGUUGUGUUAGUCAUUCUGAGUAUCUGGUGCAUAAAUAUAUAUUAUGAGGGAGACAUCCAUCAUAAUAGGUUUUAUGCUAAGAUGCUCCAGUUUGGCUAGUAGGCCUAUCGAUCAUUUGGGGUCACGUCUGUCAUGACUCAUACUAUCCUACUUAGGGGACAUCGCCGCGCGUGUCUACCUCAUUCGAGAGAAGUAGUUCAAGAUUCAUGAUCACGUUGUCUACAAAAUUUCAUCUUUAAGUUUUGGCCAUCCGCCUCCCCAUCCACCUUCCUUGUAUCAAACGAUAACGUAUUAAUUGCACCUUCCGGUGCGGAUGUUCUUUUAUAAAUUCAAUUGGUGGCGGUACCCUCUCAACCGUUUCUGCAAAUUGUCUAUUUUGAUAUGCUUUUGGUCACAUGACCCACAAGUCCAAUCUCUAUUGUCAACCAUGGUCAUGUGACGCAUUUAGUUUCAUACCCUUGCUAGGGUAUCUUAUUUCAUGUUUUGCAGACAAUGCUCUCUCUUGUAAUUUGUAAAAUAAAUAUAUUCCUCAUAUCUUGGCCUAAUCGGCCCAUAA